AUGUCAAAGCUCUCGGAGCUGAAAGAUGUGACCCACAUCUUCUGGACCACUUGGGCUGUCCACUUCCCUUUGGACUCUCCUGAUUGCUCCGAUACGAAUGCCGAGAUGAUUGCUAACACCCUCGAUGCCCUCCUCCCGAAUGCCCCGAACCUCAGGCACCUCACCCUCCAAACCGGUACCAAGCACUACCUCUCACCUAAAAUCCUUAUGGGAACCGCCAAAUCUUUAGAGAGGAAGAACCAUCGUUACGAUGAGGAGAGCCCCAGAGCAACCUAUGGCCACAAUUUCUAUUAUGCUCUCGAAGACACGGUCGCGGCCAAACUCCUCGAGACACAAGUUUCAUGGUCAAUUCACAGGCCCGGGCUCUUGAUGGGAUGCUCCACCACUUCAUUUUUCAACAUAGUCGGGUGCUUGUGCGUUUACGCGAGCAUAUGCAAGCACCUGAGCCUGCCUUUCGUGUUUUGCGGGAGUCGAGAGUGCUGGGAGGAGCCCCACAUUGACGCUUCCGAUGCCCGGCUCGUGGCCCGGCAACAGAUCUGGGCAGCAAUCGACGGUGGAGAUGCCACUAAGGGGCACGCAUUCAACGCAAUCAACGGCGAGGAUUUCACGUGGAAGGAGGUGUGGCCCAAGAUCGCAGCCAAGUUCCAACUCGAGCAGCCGGAGAUGUCGCCGGAAGAUGGAGAUGGGUGGUUUUCUCGGGCCGGGUCCAUCGUGGAGAGAAUGGUGGACAAAGGAGAAAUUUGGGAGGAGAUCAUAGAGAGAAAUGGGCUGAGAAAAACGAAGAUGGAGGAGAUGGCAAAUUGGUGGUUUUUGGACAUCUUGUUCAGGUUGCCAUUCAAGCUAUUGAGCAGUAGAGACAAGGCCAACCGGUUGGGCUUCACCGACAUGUGCGACACCGUGUCCUCCAUUCUCUAUUGGAUUGACUUCAUGAGACAAGAGCAACUCGUGCCCUAG